AUGCGAAAUAUCAAGUUGUAUUUUGAGUACGGGGGUAUGGCAGAGGAAGACGAAGCUGAAGACAAGGAAGCGUUAGUUCCAGAUAUCACUCAAAAACAGACGGAGAAUCUAUCACUCUCACUCCCCAUUUUGGGUACCACGCUCAGCCAUCGCCGUACAUUGGAUUACGACUCGGCUCUUCUAUCCUACUACGAGGCUGUAGUCUGCAGUUCAAGUACGCUAUUAGAUGAUGCCAAGAACAAUCCAUAUCGACACUUGAUCUUACCCAUGGCUAUGCAAUCCGAAGGGUUGUAUCAUGCUACAUUAGCCGUGUCGGCACAAAUAUUACGUAUUGCGGAGCCGAGGUUUCGCUUCGCCGCUCUAGACCAUGGAUAUAGAGCUUUGAGGUGUCUUAUUGCAAGUCUACAGCGCGGGCAAUCUGGUACAUUGCUUUUACCCAGAGAUACUCCUUCGCAGACUGAAAUCGAUGAGAUUCUUGGCCUCGCACUCAUGUUGUGCUGGUUCGAGAUCACGGAUGGUUGUCGUUCGUCAUGGGUUACGCAUCUGAAGGGUAUCCAUACGCUGAUUAAACAGUACCAAGAUGUUUCCUUCAGGAAUAGCAGGGCGUCAGAUGUGAGCCGGUUUUUUAGUAGAUACUUCUCGUUUCACUUGGUUCUGGCUAGGACGGCAUUUCGAGUUGAGAAUGAUAUUACAUUCACUGAGCACGGGUCUGGAGUACAUACCUCCGCGAGUUCUUCAAUUCUCACCGGGGAUGAAAAACAAAUACAUUCUCCAAGUUCACGCUCUUCUUCAGUCUCAAAGUUAACAGACUUUCUAUCCUUGGCCAUGCCACUCGAAGACUUGGACCAGAUUGACUCGUAUAUGGGUUUCAGCAAUUCACUCCUCUUGCUCAUCAAUGAAGUCGCCCACCUCGCAUGGAAAUAUCAUUCAAAGGAAUUGGCCGAGGCAAACUUACCAUUCGUGCGUGAACAAGUAAGACGAUUGCGAACUUCUUUGGAGACAUUACAUCAGACACCACCUCCGUUGGGCGAUAAUGGUUACCUCAAUGAAGCACAGCCUUUUCAUGCAUUUGGGAACAGUAAUCAACGAGACGAAGAACUCAAAAGGAUUGUAUCAGAGUUUCAGGCUAUUGCAGAAGCCAAUCGCUUAGAGCAUUGCUUUAUGCAUGAGGUAAUCCUUGGCCCUAUGAUUCAAAAUAUCAACCGCAUCAAUCGCACUGCCGCGCUGCCAUUAUGGCCGCUCUUCAUUGCCGGAUGUUGUGUGACAACGGAAGAAGAUCAGAUAACCGUAAUCAAAAUUUUUGAGGAGACUGAGAAAUUGAAACGUUACGGUAAUAUUACGCCAGCCAGACAAGUUAUCGAGAUGAUUUGGCUGCAGCGAGAUCUAGGAGUGCAAGAUGAUAGGAAACGGCGGCAUACUGCGGCCAUGGCCAAUGGGAUACACGAUAUAAGUAAUGUCUCUUCUUCUAUUUCAAAGAAAGACUUGCCACUAUUUGAAUGGGAACGAGCUAUGAAGAUGAUGGGCGGUUUAAAGCUGAGUUUGACAUGA